CGAGGUAUAUUCUCCUACUGGGACCACGAUACAAUAUCUGACUGUUUAUAUUUAAUUCAUGUCUUCGUAAAAUUAAUUUGAAGGUUAAAACAAUUAAAAUGUUGCAAGCAAAUUUAAAUUAUUUGUCAAAUUUUUUAAACAUUCCAUUAGAUGAACUCAAAAAGAUUGAUAUUCCUGAACAAAGUGUCAUUGUUACUCCAAUUAUAGAUGUUUUUCCACCAACACCCGAAGAGGAUCCACCGGUUACCCCAGAAUGGGAUGAAUAUCAAAACGAGAUUCAAAGUCUCGAAUAUAUUUGCCAGGAUUGCUUCUGUUCCUUCAGUUCAGCAGAGCAACAUCAACAACACGUACUGUCUGGUCAUGCGAACAUAAAUACGAACAAUGAAGAGCGGGAAUUAGAAGCCGAAAAUUUUAUCCUGACUGUUCGCAACGAAGAUCCGACUCAUAACUCAGCAACAGAAAAUUCUCAUGAUGUAAAGGGUCACAAUCAUCAUCGACCUUCGAAAUCUCUUGAAAACUCUAUAGAGGAAUGUCCUAUCUGUAAAAAAAAAUUUUCCAGUAAACAAUAUUUGGCAAAACACAAGAAAACUCAUAAAGAAGAUAAUUAUUACUACUGUAAUAUCUGUUUUUAUAAGACAAAAGAUAUUCGAUAUUUUAAAAGUCACAGCAACAAGCACUCGAAUAAUGAAUUUUAUAUAUGUUACCAUUGUGGUAGGUCAUAUAAAAUCAAAGCAUCGUUAGAAAUCCACUUGACUUUUGAGCAUGGCCUCCAGAUUCAGUCGGUUGAUAGUCAGAAGAAUCCAGAGAAUCGUGUUGGUAAAAAGCCGAAGGAUUCAGUCGGCCGGAAAAAAAUAUCGUACGCUAAAAGAUUAAAACUUAACGCUGAGCAUAACGAAAUAACUCAUCAAUGUGAUGUGUGUCUUCGUACGACAACUUUUAAACCUGACUUUGGUAGGGACAUGAAUGAUAACUUAUAUAUUAUAUGCUGUCACUGUGGAAGCCCAUUAAGAAAAAAAUUAUUAGAAAAUAAUUUGGAAUUUCGUCAUGAUCCGAAAUAUGAUUCAAAAAGUUUACGUGUUUAUGUUGCGAAAAAAAAUUUACGGAUUCUAAAAGUUUGAAUCGUCACAAAGCGACGUAUAAGAAAGGAGAUAAUUAUCAUUGCAAUAUAUGUCUUUAUGCGACAGCUUUACUACGUAACUUUGAUAAACACAUAGUGAGACACUUUAACGAUAAAUUUUAUAUAUGCUAUCACUGUGGGAGGCCAUUUAGAAAAAAAAUACUAUUAGAGAAUCACUUGAAAUUUCGUCAUGAUCCGAAAUUACGAUUCGUUAAUCAUCGUGAGUCAACAAGUUUUACGAAUAAAAAGUUCAUGUGUUUAUUUUGCAAUGAAAAAUUUCAAAAUUCUAAAAGUUUAUGUCUUCACAAAGUGACACAUAAACAAGGAGACAAUUAUCAUUGCAAUGUAUGUCUUUAUAAGAUAACUAGAUUAGAUAACUUUUAUGCGCACAUGAAGAAACACUUUAAUGAUAAAUUAUAUACAUGCUAUCACUGCGGAGGAUCAUUUAGAAAAAAAAUAUCAUUAGAAAAUCACUUAAAAUUUCGUCAUGAUCUCAAUUUUAAAUUUGUUAAGAAUCAUGAUUCAAAAAGUUUUGUAAAUAAAAAGUUCAUGUGUUUAUGUUGCAAAAAAACAUUUCAAGAUUUUAAAAGUUUGAAUCGUCACAAAGUGACACAUAAAAAAGAAGACAAUUAUCAUUGCAAUGUAUGUCUUUAUAAGAUAACUAGAUUACAUAAUUUUGAUAAGCACAUGAAGAAACACUUUGAUGAUAACUUAUAUACGUGCUAUCACUGCGGAAGAUCAUUUAAAGAAAAAAAGAGAUUAAAACAUCAUUUGAAUUCUUAUCGUGAUCCUAAUUCUCAAUAAAUUAAA